UGUGAUUCAUGAUAACUGGCACGGCUUACUUAGUAAAUGAUGAACAACACAACAGAACGCAAUCUAACACUGGAAACAUGUUUGGAAGGCAAGGAAGAAGAAGAAGAAGACAAAGUUAUCAUGAUUAUUAAGGUGAUGGCUUACGUGACCGUUCUGUUGGUGAGUCUGGUAGGAAAUUCAUUGAUCAUAGCCGUGUAUUAUAAAAGAAGGACAUAUCCAUCCGCACACGGGAUGCUUAACGAUGCGCUCAUCGUCAACCUAUCUUGUUCCGACCUUCUAAUGGUAAUAUUCGCUAUACCCGAGAGAAUAACCCGGCUAAUUCAACACCAGCGCUGGAUGAUGCCGGGAAGGUUUGGGGUUCUAAUGUGCAAGCUGGUAAACUUCAACGAAGCAGUUUCAAUCGUGGUAUCUCUUUUAACUCUUGAUGUGAUCGCUGUGGAACGAUUCAUGGCUGUGUUUUAUCCUAUCAAGAGAUCUGUGUCUAGUCGCAAGAUGAAGUCUAUUAUUAUAGCAACUUGGUUGAUUGCAGUAUCUUAUAAUUCACCACUACUCUAUUAUUCACAACUGAUCCAUGAAGGCACUAAAACAUUGUGUAAUGCAAGGACUUCGAUGUGGGAUACAAAAACAUGGCUUUUCUUCUACUUCGCUCUGGUCUCCAUAACUCUAGUAACCGUUGUUGUUUGCUAUCUGGCAAUAUUUGUUAAAGUCUCGAAAAUAAAACAGAAGAAACUGAGCGCAAAUCGUAGACAGAGGAUGAUCAUUACACGGAGAGUGCAAAGAACAAGUCUAGCGAUUAUCCUAGCGUUUUAUCUUUAUCUUUGUUAUUGGUUGAAACGGCUAUUGUGCGCGUUCAAUCACCUCUUUCACGUCUGUAAAAAUCCAGUACUAGGAUUCAUGUCCGUAUAUUUGGCCAUUACAAACAGCGCGUUGAAUCCUAUCAUCUGUUUUUCCUUCAGCGCAAACUUUCGCCAAGGAAUAAAGCGGUUGAUAAAGCUUUAAGAAAGUCAUUGUCCAUCGAGUUACAGAUGUGUCGUUUCAGGAUUGUUCAUUCGUAGAUAAACAGGAAAAAAAUGUCUAAAUCUGCCUGGCGCCACACACUAUGCGCAUAUUCGUGCAUAAUAAUAUUUGUACAAAUCUCCCAAAAUUUCUAUUUUCUCAUUUAUUUAUCCUUUAAUAUUUCAAAAUAUUGAGGUGCGCAUAAUCCACAAGAUACGGCCUC